CACAACAAGAAGCUUUUAUGCCAUCGUUGUCCACCAGGAAACAAAACAGCGGUCUCCUCAGCCUCAGCGACCGUAACCGAAGGAGGAAGUGCGCAGAAGCGAAGCCUCUCGCUCUGCCUCUACAGUCUUCGACGAACAUCCCGGUCAAGGUACCGAGCUUCACCUCGUCUGCGAAAUUGCCCGUGUGCGAGAAAGAGUCUCCUUUUGCUCCCCUGGAGGAAUGGAUGUUUCACUCCCGUCAGAGUUAUUCUUCCCUCACGGGCUGGACAUUAUGGACUUCUCUUGAUCGAAAGGAAACGGCAGGAGAAUGGGCAAAUUCCAGUCCAAACUUGCUUUGAAGCGCAGGCAGAGUCCUGAAGGUGGUAGUCUGGCUUCCAGUGUGCUGACUUGUCAGGGGGACUUGGAGCCCAUUCACAUUCACAAAAGAAAACUGACAAAGAACUUGUAUGUAGAGUUGAGGGAAAUCAAGUCUGGCCAUAACCGCAGCCUCAAGGUGGUUUUGCCACCAGAGAAGACACCUGACAUGGACAAUAAAAAGGCAAAGAAGAAGACAAGCCAUGCUGCUAUGAAUGUACAGGACACACAGUGUGACAUGGUGCUUGAGGAGGACUCUCAGCAGGAGUGGGUCUUCACACUGUACAAUUUUGACAACAGUGGCAAGGUCACAAAGGAGGAUAUGUCCAGUAUGAUACACUCCAUGUAUGAGGUUCUAGAGGCAUCAAUCAAGCAGCCUUGUAGUGAUGACACACCCAUGAAGAUCAAGCUGGCUGUCACUCCCUCAGCUUGCCAAGACAAAUUCUCGCAAACAGCCACAGGGAAGGAGCAGAGUGCGUCUCAGGAGGUAGGAAGCCCAGUAAGGAAACUCUAUUGUGUAGAUGAAAACAUAGAGCGCAGAAACCACUACCUGGAUCUAGCUGGCGUUGAAAACUACACCUCCAAAUUUGACAAUACAGAGUCACCCUGUCAGAAACAAAGACAGCCCGCUCACUCUGCUCUUCAGCACCACGUGGUGGUGGGAAGAGAGAGCUGCAUGUCCUCUGAGUCUCCCAGAAGUCACUCUGUCCUUCAUUCCCUAAAAAGUAAGCCCACGUCAGUGGGGAAAGACAGGAGCAGAGGGGAGGGAAAGUCCUGCAGGUUGCAUGGCCAACAUCCUGCUUCAUGGUGCCAUCCUACCCAGCCUCACCCUCCAACACAUAAUGUCCACCAUCAUACCCACAGCAGGGCUGCGAGGCUUCGCUCCAGGGUACAAGAUGCUCCCACGCCCCUUAGACCUCCCGGCUCCCAGGUCCAGCCGGGGAUGGACAGGGAGAUAUUAAAUAAACUUGAGCCCUCCUGUGGGGCCCCUCUGGCUCAGAGACAUGAGCACCAUCACCACCAUGAGCACCAUCAUCAUCACCAUCACCACUACCACCCUUCAUAAAAUGCACCUCAAAACACAUACUGUAUGAAACUGGAUUCAAGCUCAGGUGAGAGGAGUGGGUGUAGUCAGAUGAACUGACAUAUGAGUAGUUUGGGAGGUCAAAUGCAACUCAGCAGGUCCUUGAAUGACCUCCUUUACAUUAUAUCCACUGUGUGGUGGAAUCAAGCUAAGGCACUGUUAUCUAAUGCAAACAAAGUCCUGUAAGAUUACAUACGCUACAUCCUGGAAGUUCAGUUCAAUGUUGCCUGAAUGACACUUUAAUGGCGCUUUGGAUUGACAGUUUCCUCUCAGGUAGAUUACCACUUAAGCUAUGAAAUUUGAAAGUACAGUGUGUAGUGUUUAUAUCAUGCCUGUAUUUUGAACUCUACCCGGCAUUGCAUAUUAACAAUUAUUAUUUUCUCUGUUUGAAGAUACUAACAUGAUGUGCAAAGUAAUACACAGUUUGUCUGCCAUGAAAAGGUGUCUAUUCUGUUUAUUCUGACAUGGUAACAUGUCAGCUUUCUGGCCAAAUGUGGGUAUCACUGAACAAAUAUAUAUUGUCAAUGAAUAAUUUUGUAGUUCAUGCUUCAUCUUACUAUCAGUUAAAGUCCAUGAUUUGUUUUCUCUUCUUGCUGGUGACAGAAGU